AUGCAAAUCGUGGCACCCGAGAUUUUCACCAGAUUACUGAAAAAGCGCAAGGGGAUAUAUCCGUGCCCCAGGCCUAAAUGCGGAUCUCCAAAUGCAAUCGGAAUCUCUGAUUCCACCUGUGAAGUCAACGGCGACCCCUUUAAUGGAUGGAAACUAUUGAUCCCACCUCUAGAACAACGCGUUCUCAAAUUCGAUGCCCGACAAUGCAACCGCCAACAAGCAAGUCACUUCUUCCAUCUCCCAAUAGAAGUCAGGACACUGAUUUAUAUCGAGUUAAUGGGUGAUCGGCGCGUACAUAUCGAGCAUGCGUGGAUGUUGCCGUCGCCAUUUCGUCCGAACCCGAAGCGGGACAGGGAGCGGUGGGAAUGGUGGCAUGGCGCUUGCCAGAAGAGUGCAUCUUAUUUUGAUGACCGGUGUUGGAAUCGUAAGGAUGAGACGUACGCGACCAGAUUCGAGGGGUUGAAGAGUGCGCCGGCCGGGACGAAACUUGGGGGAGUAGAGUGGUUGAGGUGUUGUCAGAUCGGCUAUGAAGAGACAUUAAGAGUCCUGUACGGGACGAAUGUCUUUGUUCUGCGGACCGGGUUAGACACUCCAUUCAUCAUGUCUAGGCUUUUCUCGGCCGCCUGUUCCUCCCUAAUCACGUCUAUGGAAAUCUCUUUUGAUUACUGGUACAAAUUAGACGAAACACCACAGGCCGCAGCUUGGGAGACGGUCUACCCGGCCUUAUUUGAUCUGUUCGAGCAUUGCUUCUGCAAAGUUCACAAGUUGCGCCUGACGAUGCAUAUUCCAGCCUGGGAGAAGGUUAGAUGGACUAUUAACAAUGACAAGAUCGACGCGAUUCUUGCGCCGUGGGAGAGACUUGCACAGAGUCGAGAUUGGACUAGUUUAAAGCUCUGUGUUCCGUCUGACUGGCUUCCUUGCUUAACAGGCAGGGCGGGGAAUCAGACGAGGUGGGAGUUGAUGAUGACUGACUGGUACGAGCGCACGCCUGGUGUCGAGUAUUCAUAA